GCUGCCAACAUUACACAAAAAGGAGCUGGAAUCAGAUGUCCUAUAACAGAUUGCACAGUAAACACGCGUGGAUAUGCAGAGUGCGAACUUUAAUUAGGUAGCCUAUUUGCACAAUAUAUAAACCUUUGGAUUAUGCGAUAAAAUAAACAGCAGAGAACAAUUAUCUAUCACCCGAUUGAAUGCCUGAGCGAAUUCAGAGUGGGACCAGAGAAAGAGGGGAGUUUCUCAUACACUUUUAGCCGGAGGACUGCGGCUGGAAAGAGUCUCUCUGUUCUAUAGAAUGCUGGAGAGAUCCUGUGUAGCGCCCCCUUGUGUGGAGGAGGAAUGACGACGCCCCCUCGAUGAGAGCCAUGGAGCUGAAAGUGUGGGUGGAUGGAGUGCAGCGGAUCGUAUGUGGCGUCACAGAGCUCACCACGUGCCAGGAGGUGGUCAUUGCCCUGGCCCAGGCCAUUGGGCGUACUGGCAGGUACACGUUGAUCGAGAGAUGGCGGGAGACGGAACGUCACUUGGCCCCGCAUGAAAACCCUGUGGUGUCCCUCAACAUGUGGGGCCAGUAUGCCAGCGACGUGCAGCUGGUUCUCCAGCGCACUGGCCCCUCCCUCAGCGAACGUCCCAACUCCAACUGCUCAUCCCGUGUGCCCGAACGCGGCCUCUACCGCCAGAGCCUGCCUCCUCUGGCCAAGUUGCACGCGUCGGCCAAUGACCGCUUGCUCAAGCGUCGGGAGCCCAAGCGUAAGUCCCUCACCUUCACGGCUGGGGCCAAGGGCCUGAGGGAUAUUUUUGGGAAGGGCAGAGAUGCCGAGGCCAAGCAGCAGCAGAGAGCACUGAACCAGGGCAGGGGGGUGGUGUCUGUGCCCCUCAGUCCAGCCCGGGAGCUGGUGCGCUUGGUCCAGCUGCAGAAGGACAAGCUCCAGCUACUGGAGAGCCGGCUGCAGGGCUGUGAGGCAGAGCUACACGGCUGUGAGAGCGGUAAUGUUGGCGUGUGCAUCGAGGGUCAGGAGGGCAUUGGCGUGCUGGAGGAGGAGCUGGUGCGUCUGGAGCAGCAGCUGCGGAGGAAUGAGGUGGAGAUGUCCGAGGAGGAGUUCUGGCAGAACGAGCUGCAGAUCGAGGAGGAGAGCGAGCGGCAGCUGAGGGAGCAGCUCCAGGAGCUGAUUGGACGGGUGCGAGAGUGCGAAGCCCGGCUGGGGGAGUACCUGACCCGUAUCCAGGGCAUGGAGGCUGGCCUGGAGCAGGAGACUGAGCAGAGCAGGCAGGUGGACGAGGAGGAGGCCCGGGCCCAGCUGGGGAAGGUCAGGGCAGAGCUGGAGCAGCAGGUUCAACACAGAGUGCAGCUGGAGAGCAGCUGCAGGGCUGUGGACCGCUCACUGGGACAGUCCAGCAAGAAACUACAGGAGAAGGAGCAGGAGUUGGAGCAGUUGACCAGGGAGCUGAGACAAGUGAACCUUCAGCAGUUCAUCCAUCAGACUGGCACCAAGGUCACCGUUCUACCAGCCCAGCCCAAUGAUCAGGAGAAUAACACAGACCUCCAAUCAGGCUCGCUGAAACGGCUGGGCUCCUCCCGCCUCCUCCCCAGCGACCUCCGAGCUCUGCAGAGUCCAGUGUCUUCAGGCCUCAACCCUGAAGGCAUCUACGUCUGAACCCUGACCUUUACCUUUUGCUGCCUACCAUCAGUGACCCUCUGCUGGAGUUGAGUCGGCUUCUCCCCUGGAGGAUCCAUCUCUUAUCUCCAUUGGAGCGCCACCAGAGGAGGCUGGUGGGAGGAGCUAUAGGAGGAAGAGCUCAAUGUAAUGGCUGGAAUGGAAUAAAUGGAAUGGUACCAAACACAUGGAAACAACCAUUACAAUGAGCACUUGCGCUGGCAGCUCAUCCCCUAGCCUCCUCUGAUCUCCACCCUGUCCUCACACAAUGCCAUCCUUCCCCUUCUCUCUGCUGACUUUCCUCUAUCUUCCAUGAGAACACACAGAGACCCUCAACAGUUUUGUCAAGACUAUAGGAUUUAGGAUGUUUGCCUCGUUUUGGCUGAUCUGCCACUGGUAGAUAGCUGGAGAGCUCGACCGUGUCCUUGCUAUGCAUUUCAAACAGUCAUGCUUCUUUGAGGAACAGAAUGCCCAACUUCUCUAUUUCCUCUCGAAGAUCUACAAGGACCGAGUAGAUGCGAGAAAUAUGGUAUUAACACCACCUAGCACUCUGUUACCUUCAUAUAGCAAGCUAAUGGACUAGUAAAGUGCACAAUCACAGUCAUGUGAUGACAACUAGAGUCAACCGCUGCCCUUGGCCCUGGACAACCAUGAGGAAAUCCAGCUGUUUGUAGGGGUUGAGACUGAAGAAAGUCCCUUUGAGAUCAGGCGAUAUAGAGGAAAUGAAAAUAUCUUCAGACAACCAUGAUUUACAAAGACAGAGGUCUCAAAAGUCUAUUGGCCAUUUGUUACAGAAACAGAAUGGGUCAGAAAACCAUAUUUUACACAGAUAGGCCACCUUGUGUGAGACCUGUGGUGUGUAGCAGAGCCAUAUCUGAUUGCCUUAUAAGUAUUUUUCUGUUUUAAAGACUUUAAGAACAGUAAAGGCUGUUAUAACAGAUACUUAUAGACAUGGCAGCUAUGCUCCAGAGAUCCGAUGGACCAUUUAUGGUCAACACAGCAGUCUAGUGACUAAUUGUUAAUCAGUUUUGUAUUUUUUUUGUGACUGAUGACAAUAGCUGUAUAAUCUGGUCUGCCACUGGGUGGCAGAAUACAUCUCACAAAACAUUUUGCUAGGAUCUUAAUAUUGGUCAUUUCAUAUUGAUUAUACAUGCAAAAAUUUUACAUUAUGCAAUUGAUGUGGUUACUCACUUUCAUCGUUGGAAUCUUUUAGUAUGCUGUGUUUACCGUUGCACUUUUACUUUGGAAGGGCCUGUACAAUUUGUACUUACCACUUAGUUUUUAUAGAUAAUGUCUUGUUUGUGUUGAGUGGUUUUCUUUUCUCAUUUGUAACCUCUUGAAGAAUCGUGGGUUUGUUUAUUGUCUUACAUGGCUAAUCAUUUUUAUGAAGUUAAAAUAUGUCUCACAUGAACCAAAGCAAGUUAGACAAUGUGAUUGGUGGCGGUCAACCUGAAUGUACUUAAUUUGUUAAAACAGAACAUGCUCUGUAAAUACCUUUUACAGGGGCCACUGUAUCUGCCUCCACUUUAAAAGUGAUGCAUUUGUAAUGGAGAGUUAUUGGACUGUGAAUGUAUCUGUCAAUAGAUCGAACUCCACUCUGUGGCUCUUCAGCCUCAUGGAGAGAGGACUGAGUGAGAUAAGAGGUUGUUGUUUGGUUGUGGACUAGUUGAUACCAGGGAACCCACCAACAGCAAAGCCGGUGGACGCACGUCAAGGUCAACAGACUGACCUGAAGCUCGUUCCAUUCAGUAUUAUUGAUGUCCUAGUUUGGAUCAUGAAGAAGGGUUGAGCUGUGUCGCCGAAAUGUAACCGAACUGUAACCCACUAACACAAGAACAAUGGCUCUUAACAACGUACACAGCGGAGACUAUUAGCAUGCCUUACUGAAUUGUAAAUAAUCACUACAUAGUAUUGGAAUAUUUUUUACAAUAUUUAAAAUAAUGCAUAAUGCUGACAAAGACAAUAGUUGUACAUAAUAUGAAUUAACUUUUGUUUUAUCCUGCUACUCUGUGGACAGCUUGGUGCAUGCACUGAUGUGUUGGUUUCAUUGCUGUUUUUGUAUUGUUGAAAUGACCAGAGGCUUACGAUAAUAGUGGAUUAUAAGUACGGAAGUAUAAUGUU